AAGUCGCUGUCAAGGUGCACAGACUGAAACAAGACUCGGAAAUGAAAAGAGCUAGAAAGGAAGGCUGGUGUAAAGCAUGAGAUCUUUGCUGUAGCUGUGUCGGAGCAGUAUCUGCAUGGUAAACUGUGGGAACCCCCUGAUCUGAGAUGUUUCCCUGUAUUGGACCUGCAACAUUUAGAGAAGCAAGACCACCCACCGAUCUUCUCUCCCCUUCAGUGCACUCACUACCUUAAAGGGGAAGGUAGGGAGCGAGCAGAGAGUAGAAAGAGGAAGCAGCAUGUAGCGAAGCAGCUCCAACCUCAGCUUCAGCACUUCUCUGUUUUACUUAACUUAAUAAUGAUGUGCUCGGAGGAACAUUUCCCACUUGGAUUGGCUGCAACUAGAAGAUGACGGGAGGUUUUUUGAGUGUUCCCAUCAUGAGGCCUAACCACUGCUGGACCGUCCUGCAGGUGUCCAUCUUGGCAGCGCUGCUUCUCACCUUAAAUGCGGACAGUGAGGACUGUGAAGUUGAUCUUAAAGUGGCCCGUGACACAGUUUAUGAAGCUGUCAUCGGAAAAGACCUCAGGAUUAACUGCACUGUUGCGCUCUGCGAUAACUCACCACCAACAGUCACCUGGUAUAAACAAGAGAAAACUGCUGUCCCUGUCAAUGUCAGCAGUCACAUUAAAACGAAGUGGGAACUUGUAAACCAUUCAGAAGGAAUAUCGUUUUUGAUCUUCCAAAAAAUAUUCAGUAACGACUCAGGUGCGUAUCAGUGUCAAAGUGGAGGCAGUGUGAGUCAUACCAUCAGCGUCUCUGUCCACGACAAUGGUGGGCGUAGCAAUGUUCCGGAGAUGAACAGCACAGAAGCACCCACUUUGAAACCUGAAACCUCAUCUGAUCUGUUUAUGUACAUCUACUUUGGUGCUGGGAUUGUGGCAUUCGUCACUGUAGUGAUAAUUAUUUCCAUUGUAUCAAUGCACGGAUGUAAAGAGAAAUCAAAGAAAAAGACGCAAUCUGAAAAUCCGUACAUUGCAAUCCCCAUGGAACCCUUCCCACACGCCGGCUUCCAGCCCUCGCCGAGAGGAAGCCCCUCUGCACCGCCACCUCGGAGGUCCACUCAGAGAAAGCCACUGCCCUCACAACCCAAUGAGCUGCCGUUACCGAGAGACAAUGAGCGCAUUUACAGCAAGGUGAAGGAGGACAGAGGGAGACCAAGGAAAAAGGCAGAGGAAGAGGGGAGUUCUCUUGUGUAUGCUGCGCUCAACCAUCAGGUGCCAGCGAGACCUGCUGCUCGGCCGCGGAGGCCAAUGGAGGAGACUUCAGAGUACGCGGCUAUCCGUGUGAAAGACCCAUCACCCAUGAGAUUAAGUGACUUCAAAGAGGACGACAGCUUGCGUUAAGUGGAGUAAUGUGGUCUUAAUGUUGGAGGAGAAUUAAAAUUUGAUACACUGACCCUCUUUGGUAAAAACAGCUCGCUUUUGUCAGACCAUGAGGAUGCUACAGCAUGGACAACCCACCAAGUCCACAUGAGACUUUGCUUAAUGCUAAAUUAGCAUUUCCACCAUUUGGUCAAUACUUUAAAGGCCCUACACACCAAUACUUUUGACUCUGGUUACUUAGACCUUUGCCGAAGUUGAAGUUUGCUGGGAAUUUGUGAGGUCAUCAUGUAUCAAAUGCGCCAAACUGAGAAGGAGGGUAAGCACAUGUGGUUUUCAGUCUAUUUCAAUUCAGCCAGAGGACUGAAGACAACUCGGUACUGAUACAGAUAGCCAUAAGGUUGCCUUGUUUGCAUCAUAAAACAGUAAAACGUCUUCUUUUGUUUACCCGGAAAUGUUACUGACAAUCUCGCUGGAGCUGUGGUACGAGAUUUCUUCAAAUCAUACGAGCUUGUGAGCUACUAAACUACAGGUAAAGUUAAAGUAUAAGGCCGGUGAUAGUCUGUAUUUUUCUUAUUGUCAACAAAUCCCAUAAAACUGAUCCUACUGUAUUGUCUGACAUAAGUUAUUCCUCAAUAUGAACUUGAAAACCACUUGCACUGCAAGACAUGUUCCUUCACACAUACAAUAAUUUAUUUUGAGUCAAUCCCACAAACACAGUCCUGCAGCUGUAAAUACUUACUAGACCACCAAAUGUGGAUUAAUCCACAGCAGAAAAUAGUCCCCAACAAAUUCACCAUUUACUGCUGUCUGAGUAACUUCUGCUGAAAUCUACAGUGCCCAGCUUUUUUUGGAAAUUACUUCUCAACAACAAAAGUGUAUAUAUGUGCCCCCAUUUUAGUUAAAGACAUCAUGAAAUCUAAAUACUUGUUUUAUCACUGAUGGUCACACCAGUAUCUGGCCCAGUGAUAAUAAAAAAGUAAUUUAGUUGGUAUUUUCAACAGUAUUGUAGAGUUUAUCAUUUCCUGGAAAUGAUAAAAAAAAAAAUCUGAUGAUUCAUCCUGCACUCAGGGACGUAUAAUAAUUUUGUGUCCAAUUAAAAGAUCUCCUGAUAACGCUGUCCCAGCUCAAGGUGGCGUGAUGGUGGCAUCACAGAAACGUAACCUUGGAUUUAUGAAGAAAACUGGGUACAGCUUUGGAGGGUCCCCGUUCAUUCAUUCAUUCAUUCAUUCAUUCAUUCAUUCAUUCAUCUUCUAAC